AUGAAACUCAGGACUUUCGGUGCAGUAACCGCAAGAGAUUCAAUGCAUCGAUACAUGCCUAAAGAAUACAUGUCCGUGGCGGACAAAGAACUAGCAGCAGUAAUCGGAUCCAAUCUCUACUUGGAUAGUCUAGUCAUUAGUGCAGAUACAGCAGCGCAAGGCAUACACAAAUACAGAUGUUUGAAGUCGAUUUUCAACGACCUCAAAAUGAACCUGAGAGCAUUUCAAAGCAACAACUCCGACAUCAUGAGAGCUAUAUCAGCUCCUGAUCGAUCUUCAAAUACUGCACCCAAGAAGCUUGGGAUACCAUGGGACUCAGUCACAGAUAAAUUCUCGUUGUGCGUAAAUGUACCACGUGAAGAAGUCGUUAACAAACGCACGAUUGCCCAGCAGAUUGCGUCCGUGAACGAUCCGUUUGAACAAGAAAAAGAUGAAGAAGAAGACCUCACACCAUCUGUACAAAUAAACACCACGAAAAUAGAUGAGGUUCAAGUUGUGGAUAUUCUGGACUUAUCCAGAGUAUCAGUUUUCAAAUACGAGAACCAGUCCGAAGCAAACUACACCGUAUCCUACGUGGAAGCAAUGAGCCCACUGGAAGACGGUGCUUAA